UAACAUAACUAGCUAGUGCAAGCUAACACAGCCUGCUACACAACUCGCCUUUGAUUUACCACACAUCCGGAAUUGCAAAUUUGCACGAACCAAACGGAAGAUUCGUAGACGGUGUAAAACGAGAAACACCACUACGGUCACAUACAGUUAUCGUGGCCUCUUUUUUGCAUCUUUGCAGGCUAUUUGGUUAGCUAGCAAAGCCACCGAUAGCAAACUCUGCCUUGGCUAGCGUCAGGCUAGCCAGCUAGCUAGCUAGCUACUAACAUCGGUAACGGUAGUUAGCUAGCUAGCGAGCUGUAGUAACUUGCGUCAUGGAGGAACUAGUCGUGGAAGUGAGGGGAACAAGUGGGGCCUUUUAUAAGGCCUUUGUGAAGGAUGUUCACGAAGGAGCGGUCACGGUGGCAUUUGAAAACAAUUGGCAGCCAGAGCGCCAGAUCCCGUUCCAGGAUGUUCGUUUCCCUCCUCCAACAGGGCUCUGCAAGGAUAUCAAUGAGAGCGAUGAGGUCGAGGUGUAUUCCAGGGCUAAUGACAAGGAGCCAUGUGGAUGGUGGCUGGCCAAGGUUCGCAUGGUCAAAGGAGAGUUUUACGUAAUAGAGUAUGCUGCAUGCGACGCGACACUAAAUGAGAUAGUGACGCUGGAGCGGUUACGGCCAGUCAACCCGAAUAAACCAGCCACCAAAUCCACCUUCAUCAAGAUCAGACUGGAUGUUCCUGAGGAUCUGCGGCAGAUGUGCUCCAAGGAGUCGGCCCACAAAGACUUCAUAAAGGCAGUCGGAGCGUUCGAUGUCACCUACGACUCGGAGAAAAAGCAGCUGGUCAUUUUGUCGGUGAAUGAGGUCACAACAAAGCGGGCCAACAUGAUGAGUGACAUGCACUUCAGGAGCCUCCGCACCAAACUGUCACUCAUGCUGAGGAACGAAGAGGCCAACCGACAGCUGGAGAGUUCCAGACAGCUGGCGUCACGGUUCCACGAACAGUUUGUGGUUCGCGAUGAUCUCAUGGGUCUGGCCAUCGGGACUCACGGGGCCAACAUUCAGCAGGCGCGCAAAGUCCCCGGGGUCACUAACAUAGAUCUGGACGAGGAGACGUGCACCUUCCACAUAUACGGAGAGGACCAAGAGGCUGUCCGUCUGGCGAGGUGUUUCCUGGAGUUCUCUGAAGAUGUCAUCAAAGUUCCCCGGAACUUAGUAGGGAAGGUGAUUGGCAAAAACGGCAAGCUGAUCCAGGAGGUGGUGGAUAAGUCUGGGGUGGUUCGAGUUCGUAUUGAGCCAGAUAACGACAAGAAGCCCCUAGCAGCAGCGGCCGCAGCAGCAGCAGCGGCAGCUAUAGACGAGGGAAUGGUGCCGUUUGUAUUUGUGGGGACCAAGGAGAGCAUCUCCAACGCUACAGUUCUACUGGACUAUCACCUUAACUACCUUAAGGAAGUAGAUCAGCUUCGUCUGGAGCGUCUUCAGAUCGACGAGCAGCUGAGACAGAUCGGAGGUGGAGGGGGUGGAGGAGGGACGGGGCCCCGGAACCUCAAAGACAAAACCUACGUGUUCGAUAACGGCAUGGGGAUGGGGAGAGGAGCAGGAGCAGCAGGAGGAGGAGGAGGAGGAGGAGGAGCAGGAGCAGGAGCAGGAGCAGGAGGAGGAGGGAAGCCCUACGGAGGAGGGGGAGGAAGAGGUGGCAGAGGGCGGAGAGGAGGAGGAGCGGCCUUCGCCUCAGGCACUAACUCAGAGGCAUCCAACGCUUCUGAGACGGAGUCGGACCACAAAGACGAGCUCAGUGAUUGGUCGCUGGCCCCCACCGAGGAGCUGAUGACAGGAGGCGGUACCCUGCCCAGGCGGACAGAUGGGAGGAGGAGACCAGGCGGAGGAGGGCUGCGGGGACGAGGGGGGAGAGGAAGAGCAGGGUAUAAAGGUGACGACAUGCAGUGGAGCGAGCCCAGGCCUCGUCACAUCAGAGACCCCAAGACAAGAGCUCAGGAAGAGACUCUACAGAUCCGCGUGGAUGGUAACAACGAGCGCAGCGUGCAGCACUCCUCAGGGGGGCGAGGAGGAGGAGGAGGGCCUUCCUCCUCCCUGGUUGGCAACAUGGCCGGGGGCGAGGGCCCGCCUCGACAUCACCACCCGAGACCCAUCAGAGACCGAGGGCUGAAGAAGGACAAACAGGACGCUCCGCCGCUGGUGAACGGAGUGUCGUAGAUGCACCACUGGAGGACCUUAGCACUUAGACACACACACACACACACACACACACAGACACACACACACACACACACACACACACACACACACACAGACACACACACACACACACACACACACAGACACACACACACACAGGCAACUCGUCAUACACCAUUGUAGAAUCUCUCUCUCGCUUUUUCUUUCUCUGUCUUUGUCAUGAAUACACAUAUCUCAUCAGCAUGGAGUCAGAGUUUAUCGUAGUGCAGAGUAUCUGCUGGUCCGCUCUGAGGUCUUUAAACGUUUUGCUCCGGUUUGUUCCUGGCUGAUCUUCUCUGGACUGACAAGUAAAAGAAACAGUACUUUUUGGACAUAAGGAAAAGAAGAGAAGCUCAUCUCUCACGGAGGCAUUAACCCCAAACGUGCACCCUUUGCUUGUUUUUUUUUUUUAAAUCAACUGAAUUGAUUGGGUGAUGAAUGAAUACUUUUUUACCCACUGCCCUGUUUGGACUUUCUCACACCAGAACAAAAUUCAUUAAGGAAGCAAUUGGUGAAACAAGAAACAGAAUUAGACAGCAGCUGAAAUAUGGGUUCCUACAAUUUGAAAACAUAUUUUGACUGCACACUUUUUAUCGUCGGGGUGAUCUGGCAGCACAGUUUUAAAGGGGUGGCUUGACCUCUUUCCCACAGGUUGAGAAAUCGGUUUUUUUGUGGCUCUAAAUUGCAAAAAAUAUACUUUUAAAUUCAACAGAUACAUUUCAAAAUACAAAAAUAUUUUUCACUUCUAUAUUUGGGAAACUGAGCUUUCAGGCAGGGAGAUGUUUGUAGAUGGCACUUUGAAUUUUUUUUUUUUUUUUUUGGAUAGUCAUUUGAACCCUGCACUUGAGCAGGUUAAAUCUGUCUGGGAUCAGCAGUAGAAAGGAGUUCAGUGUCCAUAUGUAAGGAUGAAAUGUGAGCAGGUAUGCAUGGGCAACACAUGCUUAUCUCAUUGUCUGAGUCAUCUAUGUUUUGUUUCCUGUUGCCAAGAUGAUGUAAAAUUCCUUCAGUUUCUUGGACCAAGCAUGAAUAGUAAGCAUACCAAUGGGGAAACAUAAAUCUGAGGCACUUUGAUGCAACGUCACUGUAAAAAAAAAGCUUUCACAGAAGCGAACAUACUAACUCCUUAGAGUCUUAAACAGGGUACACAAUGUCAUGCACUGCUGUUAUAUUUCAAAAAUAAUAUGGGACAAGGAAAUGUGACUGGGCCAACAGUGACUGGGAAUCUGCAAAAAAGACAUAAGCAAUUGUCAGAAAUGUACUAUACCAAAUAACAUUUUUAAGUAGUCUGCAUGAAGACCAACACAUGUGUUUAUUUCCCAAUACAAGUAAGUGACACCAGAAAGCUCACAGUGAAACUAGGAACCUUGAUCAACCAUCCAAAUAUGUAAUAUUAAAAAUAUAAACAGACGAAUAUUUUUGAGAUUCAAUGAGCUGUUGAGAUGAUGCUGCUCUAAAGGCGCCAGAGAAAAACAAAAAUAUACCACGGAGUCCCGGACUGAUGGAUGUUCUAUGUGAUUGGAAUUGGCAUUAAAGAAUCAAACAAAUAACUACACAGAGUAGCUUCUGCAAAUCUCAACACUGAUGAAAGGAUUCUAAAUUCAGCAUACAUAAACAGGUCAAACCUGUACAAUCACAAUCGUUAAGAAACAGUGACUCAUGACUAAUGCCUUAACAAUGGUCAUGAAUAAUGCUUUGUGGUACAACGAAUCCAACAGUCCUGAUGCAUUCAUGGCUCGACUGAUCCUAGUUGUUCCCAGCAGCUCUUGACUCCAGCUUUUUGAAUGCUUCUCAUUUGGAGCGAGGCGUUGCUUCGCCUCCGGUAUUGCGUCUUUCUCGAGAACAGUUAAUCCAAACAACUUCUCAACACUUAGCUUUCAGUUAUUCUGACCCCACAUAAAAAAGGCGAAGAUACACACUUUCUCGCCAUGUUUACAAAAGUGGAACAUGUUAAUAUCCGCUUCCUUGAUUUGGAUCCACUCUUAAUCUCAUGGGUUACUUCUUGACCCAUGCUACACAUUUACAUCUCUUACAACCCUUAAAUGUCAUGUAAAUCUGGCCUGUAGGUUUUUUUGUAACCCGGCUGACAAACAAACUGAGACGGAAACGUCUUGGCGUCAGCAAUAAAAUAAACUCACACUUCACACGGCACCUCCUUGGCUAGUCAGAAAUACGCUGGCCAAGUGGGAAGCCAAUCAGAUUAAAGGUUUUGGAGACAAAUUGAAGGACUAAAAAAAGACUCCUUAAGUACUCAUAAUCUCAUACAAGACUGACGAGUGAGAUACUUCACAGGGAGGGCUAAUGCUAAACUUGAUGUCGUUCCACAAACUUACUUUUAACUCUUGCUUUCAGACAAACCUGAUCAGGUUGCAGGACUAAGGCGGCAACAUUGUGAAUGUAGAGCUCCUGUCACCUGAUCACACAAGCUUUUCUUUAAUUUAUGAAACCUUUGUAUUUAACCUUCUUGUUUUGCAGUUAGAAAAAACCUGUUUGAAGUAUUACUGUAGAAGAAACAACGGUUCAUUGAGUUAUUCCUUGACAAAAUAAAAAUUUGGUGUAAGUUUUA